AUGGUGGAUGGCCUCGGGGUGAACUGGGGGACGAUGGCCACCCACCGGUUGCCGCCCAAAACCAUCGCGCAGCUCCUACAAGACAACGGCAUCAAGAAGGUCAAGAUAUUUGACGCGGAUCCGUCCUCCAUGAGCGCAUUGGCCGGGACAGGGAUCGAGGUGAUGAUCGCCAUCCCCAACGACAUGCUCGCGAAGAUGAACGACUACGACGCGGCCAAGCAGUGGGUGAAGAAGAACGUCACCCGCUACAACUUCAACGACGGAGUUGACAUCAAAUACGUAGCAGUUGGUAAUGAACCCUUCUUGAAGUCAUACAACGAUUCCUUCACCAACAUCACCUUCCCGGCGCUGAAGAACAUCCAGAACGCUCUCAACGAAGCAGGAAUAGGAGACGCCAUCAAAGCCACCGUCCCCCUCAACGCUGACGUCUACGACUCACCGGCGAGCAACCCGGUGCCGUCGGCCGGAGACUUCCGAGCUGAUAUCCGUGACCUAAUGGCGCAGAUCGUCGAGUUCUUCAGCCUCAAUGGUGCGCCCUUCACCGUCAACAUAUACCCAUUCCUGAGCCUGUACGGGAACAGCGACUUCCCCAUCGACUUCGCCUUCUUCGACGGCACCAGCGCUCCCGUUGUCGACAACGGGGUGGCGUACACCAACGUGUUCGACGCCAACUUCGACACGCUGGUCUCGGCUCUGAGGAAAGCUGGCUUCGGCGAUCUGCCUAUCGUGGUGGGGGAGGUCGGCUGGCCUACCGACGGCGACGUGAACGCCAAUGUGGCCAUGGCGGAGAGGUUCUUCGGUGGCCUCCUGAAGCGCCUUGCCGCCAAGAGCGGGACGCCGCUACGGCCGAACAUGGAGAUGCAGGUGUACUUGUUCGGCCUCGUCGACGAGGACGCCAAGAGCGUGGCGCCCGGGAACUUCGAGCGCCACUGGGGGCUCUUCACCUACGACGGACGGCCAAAGUUCGCCGUCGAUUUCUCCGGGCAGGGACAGAACGGGAUGCCGGUGGGAGCGAAGGGCGUGCAGUACCUGCCGACGAGGUGGUGUGCGUUGAAUCCGGCCGCCACGGACCUCGGCAAGCUCGCCGACAACGUCAACUUUGCCUGCACGUACGCGGAUUGCACCGCCCUCGGCGGCGGGUGCUCCUGCGAUGCGCUCGACGCUUCAGGGAAAGCUUCGUAUGCCUUCAACGCGUACUUCCAAGCUCAGAGCCAGAACGGGGAGAGCUGCUAUUUCCAAGGACUCGCCAUGGUGACGACGCAGAACAUCUCGCAGGGCUCCUGCAACUUCACGAUUCAGAUCGCAUCUUCCGCCGAGAUGGUUUUGCCACUAUUUUUCAUUCCCCUGUUAAAUAGCCCAAGAUUGGUUUAACUCAGUAGCAUCCUCACUAGAGAGCUAUGUAGCAUAAUCUAGUUUGGAGGAUUAAUCAUGCAGAAGUCCAUUUGCAGAUUUUCAGUGCAGAACAUCUAUUGUAAUGUUAUUUUUCAUAAUCAAUUGCAACAAUUUAACCACUAUAAUUUUUUUCUUUUGACUAAUAUUACUUAUACGACUAGUUAUAUAGUUCUUCUAGUUUAUUUUACUUUUCAAUCUUCUAUAAAUCAACCACUCUUAACUACUGUACUCUAAAUGUUAAUAUAGAAGAUGGCAGAAGUUAUUAAAAUAUGACGAGAAGUCAGUUUCUGGUUUACAUCUUAUGUCUACUCACCAUGACCUUGAAACAAUUUUUAUUCUUUAUGUUGAACUUUAUCCCAUCAUGUGAAAACAGAUCUUCAAUACUAAUUUGUAUAUUAUAUAAUGCCAACAACUAACACACAGUUGCUUUGUUUCUGUGUUCAAUUAGCACUUCAUCAAAUAGAAACAGGAGUCAGUUGGUUGCUGAGUGUUCCCUAAUUUAAAAUUCAAUGUAGAUCCUAAGAACUAAAUCUUAUGAUACUCAAUAUAC